CAAAGAAAACGGACCGAAUACUAACAGUGUACAUCGGUAUAAAGUUAACUCUAAGGAACACGGGUGAAAGAAUGAUAGUCAUACCUAAAUUGAUCUGUAUCUUUGGGUUUCUUUGUAUGCUGUCGUUAAACUCGGCAUCGCAAUGGAAAGAAUUCACUGAUAAAGAAAAUUCAGAUGUGCAUAUUUUCUACGAACCUGAACCUUCUGUGUUCAAUGGCUGCGGUUGUCGUGAUGGUCAACCAGGACGCCCGGGUCGGGAUGGCAAGGAUGGACAAACCAUUGUUGGGCCUGCAGGAAAAGACGGGGUAAAUGGCGUGAAUGGUAGGGAUGGCAAGAACGGAAGGGAUGGAUCAAAGGGAGAGAAAGGGGAUCCUGGACCACCAGGGAAAGUUGAUCCUAAGGAACUGGAAGCUUUAAAAGCUCGAGUGAAUAUAUUAGAGGCAACGAUCACAGCAGUCGAGAAGAAAGCAAUGGAUGAGAUUGAAGAUGUAAGAGGUGCUUUUGAGCUGCGGGUCAAGCAUCUUGAACAGCUUAUAAAGAAAGUCAAUGCGACCAGGUCAAGGACACCAGGACCACGCGGACCAGUUGGCCCUGAGGGACCACAGGGGAUACGAGGAGCGCCAGGGUUGAAGGGAAAAGACGGAUCCCCUGGCAAGACUGGUGCUCAGGGGGCACGAGGUCCCAAGGGUGAACGAGGACCCCAAGGUUCGCCGGGAAUGGCUGGCUCCGAGGGCCCACGCGGAGAACAAGGUCCCAGGGGUCCACCUGGUGAAAAUGGCGCGAAUGCGUUACGGCAGUGUCGGUUUGGGAAAAGUAGUAACGAAGCAAAGCAGAAAUAUAGCAACUAUGUGUUCGUCGAAGCCAAAGCUUCUAUGAACUACAAGAUCAUCGGAGCGUCUUGCUCAACAAGGAAAAGUGCCGAAGGAAGCUUGUAUAAGUUAGAAAAUGGCCAAUACAUGUGCGCAUGUACCGGGAAAACCAAAGGAAAGUAUUCCUGGCAACUGGAUUCGCGUCGUAUAGUUCGUCGGGAUGAUGACGAUAAGGAUCGCUAUGAUUGCAUAAUCAAUUAUUGGGAGUGCCCGAUUGUUUAAGAAACAUACUUCAUGUAACAGGAAGGAUACAUAAAAAUAAACUUAAUUGAAAAUUGUGUUCAUUGGUACAUUAAGGAGAUUAAAGUCUUUG